GGGAAAAGAAGUGGAUCGCUGUAAAGGAUACUUCCAUGUUGGUUUUCAAAUGGGUCCCAUCACUUUCCAGUGAUUCGGGCAUUUCCAAGAAGAACACCUUCAGUCGACAAGCAGCAGCGCUGGCUCCCACCUGCCUGAACGUUAACAACGGACUCCUCUCUUCGUACAGCUGUUCUGUAAAGUCGAUCACCGAGCCUUCAUCAUGCAGCGUUACCUCAGAGGAAAAUUCUUCCAAUACUUUCGGCUCCGUAGAACCCAACGACUUGAUCUCCGAGAACAAUACGAUGAAAAUGGAGUCCACCACAUCACUGGAUGUGGCACCGCAGGAGAAGGUUAACUCGACCGACAGUCAAGAGACGACGAACACCGAUCUUUUGAUACUCAAACCAGACCCCUCAGAUGAUACCGAUCGGUCGAGCGAGGUCACGAUGGAGAGCACCUCAGAAGUGCGAUCACUGGACCCCGCCGCCGCCUCUCCAUCAGAGCAAUCCACUGCUUAGACCGAAAUUUAUUCUUGCUGUCUUGUACUUUAACUCAAGUUUCCUGUGGAUCACAACUGCGAGAACAGUGUGUUGUACGCGCAACACAUUUCGCUUGCAUUUUGUGCUCAAAUUUUUUGUGCUGCGCGACAAUGCAUAGAGUCCUGUUUUUUGCAGUACUCUUGUCGCAUAAUACUCUGCUCUAUUAUGUCAGCGUUCUGCGAUAUCACCCCUACAGAUGGUUGUCUAAAGGUACUUACACUUACCUUCAUUUUCCUCUUCAACUUAGAUUUCUUCUCAUUCUUUUUUCUCCUCUUGUAAUCAUUUUGUAUGUGAACGUCUUCACAUUUUUCUACACAACUGUCCGCACGCUGGCUUCAUACGAUGUGGCUGUUUAACGGAAUUUUGACGUCAAGCUCAAGUGUAAUGUCUCGUACAACAAAACCCAUCAUCUGAAUUCGCAGCUUUUUUCCCCUCAGCCCUGUCAGUAGAUUCCUGGUUACCGUAGAACAAUGGAUUUGUUUAGCGGUCGUUCGCAAAACUAUGUUUACA